UUCCAUCAAGGUGAAGCAAUGCAAAGUGGUGUUGAAGUAACACAAUUUUUUUGAAGGUCUCGUUCCAGCAUUACAAUGAAUAGUCAAUCCAUUUCACAGAGCCAUUCCUUGUUGGUCAAUCACAGAUCGUUUACAACUCACAAAUAGCUACUUCCAAGUAAUACGAGGGUUCCAGAGUGUGUUUUUCAUACUGAAGCAAUGAGACUAGUGUGUAAUCUUACUGCAGAGAGACAUUUUUACUUUGAAAAUAGCAUUUAGAUUUUCAGCACAGCAUUGUUUGGAUUUGGUCUCGUUCCCAACUCCGGACUGACGGUUCAGUUUUUGGGUUAACAGACUUAACAAAGUAAAAUGUGACACAAGAUAAUUAGUCAGAUAAUUAUUUUCGUACUUUACUUUAAAUGUAAAAUGAUUAACGUAAAUGUUAAUUAGCGGAUUAACAGUUUGGGGCCCAGCUCUGGUUAGGUGUUAGGACUAAGUUGAGUUUAGGCAUGGGUAGGGUUUGAUUAAUGUAAGGGAUUAUGUCUAGGUUAGGGGGAAUGUGUAUUUCUGGUUUCGGUUUCAGUUCCCCAGAUGAAUAGAAAAUCUUUUCAGAAUAGGUUUUAAUAUUUGAAUUUUCCCAUUUGGUAAAAUCAUGUUUUUUAUUUUUUCUAGUCUAUAUGGGGUAAAGGUUAGAGGUUAAGUUGGGGAUUAGUGUUAAAGAUUCAUUCCAGGACAUACCUCAGCCUUGUAUUUCCAAGUUUGAAAAGGAAGUAAUUUUAAUUGCGUUGGGCGUAUGUCAGCAAAUACAAAAUAUUUAUUUCACAGAUUGCUUUUCAAUGAACAAUAUUAAAGCACUUUUAAAACAUCUAAAAGAAAUGCAGGGUUCUGGCUUUGCCAGACCUUAAGUUGGAUGAUGGUCAGCUAACGGGUACUGGAAUAGAGUGUUGAUGGUACAUCUAGACAGAAUCGUCAUUCACACAGACCCAGAUUUCUUUACCCGAUAUGUUAACCAUGUCUCUAUUUUAAUUUGGCUUGUACUAAAAGCAAUAGAAGUGUAGGACCUGCCUUGGUGAAGCUUCAGCAGCUGUAUGCGCAGCACCUGAAAGACAAUCACACAUCCGUAGUAGGAGGUAGAGACAACCUAUGAGAUGAGCGUCAUUCUCUCACCUCAGGGUCUGCAUUUCAGAAACCAAGGCAGGUGGCCUAAAAACAAUCUGGUGUAGAAUCCUCCUGGUGCAUCAGAAGUCCAGAACAUACUGUAGUAACUUAGUUACUACAAUUUUCGGGGACCAGUUUAGGUUUGACAGUGCCACUUUCCCAACCAGUGGUCAGAAAUCACAGAAUGCAUCUUUAAGGUUAGGUUUUUUUGGUGUUAGGAUUAGUACGCAAGAGUUUUACAAUUUGGAUUUUGAGGGUUAGGGUUAUAGACUUGCUCAGUCAUGUUAUGUGUUAGGUUUAAAAUGGAACCAUCUUUAUUGACAACUUGUCAAAUCAUUGAAAAUCAAUAUAUUCAUUGUCAGUCAUUUAUUGUAAUGUUAUUUUGUGUCUUCUACUGAUUGCAGUCGAUUUCCACAAGGAUUAUCUUAUGCAGUGGUCUUCAUCAUAACCGAGAACAUGGGCAACAACGGUGCUGCACACACAGCUUAACGGAAGAAGGAUGUUCUAAACAAAUGGGCGAGACAGACAUAAUUCACCUAUGUGGCGGUCUGACUAAGUGGUGUUGCCUGCUAUUCAUGCUGUAACAACCUGAUUGGACCGGCACAUGUGGGUUUGCCCGCAUGGGGGGAGGACAGCAAGCUGAAGUCUGAAGGAGCCUCUGCAGGGUCUGAACCCAUUGUGGGCAUUGUGACUACAACCCUUCAAACAGGCAUCGGCAGCAGAUGAGGUUGUGUUCUCAAAUACACUGUCAUGCACGACAAUUGAAAUUCUAGCGGCUAAUCAACACUUGAUGCAUUCGGGGACACGUUUUGAAUGCACUUGGACAAAGAGCAGAAUUUUACAAAACUCACUUGGUAAAGAAUCUUUGUAUCUUUUCUGUGGACCUUUUUUGCUCAUAUUUUGCGGACUGAAAAUUGGACCGUAUGUCUUUUUGCUACAUCCAGCGAUCAAAUAUACCAUAAAUUCAGUGACAUUCCUCAAUCAAAGUAUCAUGUUUUAUCAGACAAACCCAUCUGGGUAAGGCUACACCAAACCUGUGGGGAAAUUGACACUUGUUUUACUGAUCAGCUCAGCUCUUGGCUUGGUUUGAGGUAGGGCCACAGCCGACAGAAGAGGAUUAUUGCAAUUGUACCAUACCCACAAACUCAAUGGGCCAGAUGGUGCCAUUUCUAAAGCUCGAUCAAUCAAAAGAUUGGUGAGCUGCCACAAGUGGCUGCACAGUUCUCUCUUCAAUUAUUCAUCGGAUCGACAGUGAACGAGAAAAAGGGGAAAGUUAAUGAGAGAGAAGUGACGGAUGCUGAAUAAAAAGAAGAGGUUCACCGGUAAGAAAGUUGACCAAUAAGAGUUUCUGACCAUCUGAGGUAAAAACGAAAAGCUGAAGCUUAAAAAGGGAAAGUGGUUUCCGACAGAGCCUUAAGUGUCUCGAACUUGCAGAUUGCAGUUGUAGCAAAGAAGUAGGCCUUGAAGCAACAAAGAAGUUGAAGCAGACCGGGGUAAUAAGGCUCACAUUCAGGUGGAAGUCUUAAGACAUCGAAAGAAGCUGUCAUGGUCAACACUGGCAUGCAGUUGAUCAGCUUUACCUGUGCGGUGACAGGCUGGAUCAUGGCCAUCGCCGUGACGGCUUUACCUCAGUGGAAGGUGUCGGCCUUCAUCGGCAGCAACAUCCUCACCUCCGAGAUCAGCUGGGAGGGUAUCUGGAUGACCUGCAUCUACCAGACCACAGGCCACAUGCAGUGCAAGACCUACGACUCCAUGCUGGCCCUGCCCCCGGACCUCCAGGCGGCUCGUGCCCUCAUGUGCGUUUCCAUCUUCUUGGGCUGGCUGUCUUGUACGGUGUCCUGCUGCGGCAUGAAGUGCACCACAUGCGCCGGUGAGGACCGCCAAACUAAGGCAAGCAUCGCUCUAUCCGGCGGCGUGCUAUUCAUCCUGACGGGUCUGUGUGUUCUGGUGCCCGUCUCUUGGACCGCAAACACGGUGGUCCAGGACUUUUACAGUCCAAACGUGCCCAUCAUGCACAAGCGAGAGCUGGGCCAGGCUAUCUACCUGGGCUGGGCGUCUGCGGUUAUUCUGAUGAUCAGCGGGGCUGUACUGAGCAGCACUUGCCCCCACAUUGAGAGAGGAGGAGGUGGGUAUCACCGGGGCUACAUGGGUCGUAGCUUUCCUAUCUCACGCCCCUCCCCCCUUGCACCAGACCCUCCAAAGCCUAUCAGUUCCAACAGCGUACCACUAAAGGAAUAUGUUUAACGGGAGCAAUGUGGAGACAAAUGUAAACCCGAGUUGGAGGAGAGGAAUGAGCGAGGCUGUGAAUGAGAAGAUGGAGUACAAGGCUAGAGAAAAAUGUUGUAAAAUGAAUAGGGUUUGAUUUAUAAUCAAGUGGUGACUAUAAGCAGUGGAUUUCAAACAACCUUGCAGUUACCGUUCUCUCUUAAUUGUGAGCUUGAUGCACUUACAUGUUUCUGUGUAUUUAUUUACAACAUAUACUAUUUAUUCAAAUGUAUGUAUUUUCUUUAUCUCAUCAUAUUGUUUGAAACCAUCAUGCCAUUCUUUAUAUCAUUGGUACUAUAUUCAUUGACUUUAUUACGGUACAUAGACUUUGCAGUUGUUCCUGGGCACACCCUCAACCCAGUGUAAGGGCAGGCGACCCUGCAUCAGAAACAUCUGUUCUUGUGUUGUGUCUUGUGUUGUGACAGUUGGAGUGAUUUCCCCUUGCACAUUUUUUCUCCACUGGCUGGAUUGUUACAGAGAAUAUACUUCAUUGAGUUUGUGAAGUCCAAAAUAAAGAAUCAACUGUU